UGGGAUGGGACAGGACCCUGGGGACAGGGACAGCCUGGCCAGGGCUCAGGAACCUUGAGGUUCUUCCCGGAUUUCUUGGGAAUCGGUGAAAGAAGGAAGCCAGGAUAUCCUGGAAUGGGCUGGGAUGUUCUGCUGCAUCCCUGGAUUUGGCUCUUCCCAGCUCUGCUCCCCUGGAUCCUCCAGAGCCCCUCUGGGUGUUGUUCCCUGCCAACUGGAAUUCCAAUUGGAAUUCAAUCCUGGCUGCUAAAGCUGGGCCCAGACUCGGGGAUGGCUCUGGAUUAACCCCCAGGGUGUCCUGGAGCCCAGCCAGGAGCAGGUUUGGGAGCAGCUCCUGGGGAAGGAUCCUGGGACAGGGACCUGCAGCUCCCCUCCUUGGCUGUUCCCGGUCCUGUCAGUGGCCAAAUUCCCUGGAUUCCGGUGCCAAUUUCUCCUCCAAAAAAAACCCUCAGGGAAAACGUGUCCCAGGCUCUGCCCUGCUGGGAGGGGGACACAGCUGAGCCCUUCCUGGGGCUGCAGCCAGGGAUGUUCCCACUGGGAUCCGGGUGCUCCCUGGUGGGGGGAACGGGGUGGGAGUGGGAGAGUUUGUCCCAGGAAUGUUUGAAACUCUCCUUAAGGAUGAAAGUUCCGGCUCAGCCAGGGGAGAGUUCAGCCCCUGCUCCCAGUUUGGAAUCAAGGAGAGCCUCUGGAAUGGCAGGGGUGGCUCCAGCUCUUUCCCCGGAGCCAUUCCCACAACUCCAGAGGGAGACGGAGCCUCCUCCUGCCCUGGCUGCUCAGGCUGAGGGUGGAUCCCUGCUCUCCCUCUGCUCCUGUGGGAUGGAGCGACCUGGAAUGGAUCCCAGGGGUGGUGGGGACCCCUGUGGGAUCCAAACUGGGAGCAGGGAAUCGGUGUGGGAUCAAACUGGGAGAGGAGGGAAUCGGUGUGGGAUCCAAACUGGGAGCAGGGAAUCGGUGUGGGAUCCAAACUGGGAGCAGGGAAUCGGUGUGGGAUCCAGCUGGGAGCAGGGAUCAAACUGGGAUCAGGGAAUCACUGUGGGAUCCAGCUGGGAGCAGGGAAUCGGUGUGGGAUCCAACUGGGAGAGGAGGGAUAAGGCAGGAUCCAGCUGGAAAAGGAGGGAUAAGGCAGGAUCCAGCUGGGAGAGGAGGGAUAAGAUGGGAUCCAGCUGGAAAAGGAGGGAUAAGGUGGGAUCCAGCUGGAUAAGGUGGGAUCCAUCAGGCAGGACACGGAUCCAUCCCGGUGCCUCCGUCUGUUCCUGGCAGAGGAAGAUGAAGCUGCUGCAGGGGAGCAUCUCCAGGAGUGCCCAGCUCCGUGUCACCGUCACCUCCAGCCCCUCUCCCUCCUUCCCUCGGAGCCUCCCCCACAUCCCUCCCUCUUCCCUCUCCCUUCGGCCAAAUAUCCCUGGAAUAAACACAAAAUUCCUGUUUGAGGGGGCUCCGGUGGCUCCUGGGGACGGGAUUGCUUGGGGGGUUUUUGCUGGAUAUUGAAACAUCCUUGGGUUUAAAAUUAGCACCAAAUUGCUGAA